AGAUUUAAAAUAACCUAAUGGAGUGGAUUUCUGCCAGGCUGGGCUUGCUGAUCUAGAGGCAGCAGCGAAAGGAGGCCUUGGCCACGGGUCUGGAUCCGGGAUGUCGAAGAACACGGUGUCGUCGGCCCGCUUCCGGAAGGUGGACGUGGACGAGUGCGACGAGAACAAGUUCGUGGACGAGGAAGACGGGGGCGACGGGCAGGCCGGGCCCGACGAGGGCGAGGUGGACUCCUGCCUGCGGCAAGGAAACAUGACAGCUGCUCUCCAGGCAGCUCUGAAAAAUCCCCCUAUCAACACCAAGAGUCAGGCGGUGAAGGAUCGGGCAGGCAGCAUUGUCUUGAAGGUGCUCGUCUCUUUUAAAGCUAAUGAUAUCGAAAAGGCUGUUCAAUCUCUGGACAAGAAUGCUGUGGAUCUCCUAAUGAAGUAUAUUUAUAAGGGCUUUGAGAGCCCAUCUGACAAUAGCAGUGCUAUGUUACUACAGUGGCAUGAAAAGGCACUCGCUGCUGGAGGAGUAGGGUCCAUUGUUUGAGUCCUGACUGCAAGGAAAACGGUGUAGUCCAGCAGGAACUGGAUCUACAGCAGGAGUGGGAGUUGCUGGUACAAAGACCAAAACAACCAAAUGCCACGGCUGCCCUGUGGGUGGCAUCUGUUUUUCUCAGCUUUGCCUUCUUGCUUCCUUUUUCAUAUCUAUAAAGAAGAAAAUUACAUGCCAGUUUUCCUUUCAUGAAAAUUGGGAUAAUGUGGAGGAAAUUUGGUUUCAGCAGGAUUGUUUCAUCCUCUGGUAACCAUUUCAAUGAUGUUUAUACCAGUCUGUGCAGAGUACCAUGUACAUUCAAAUUUAAUUGUGCAAUCUUAAACCCCUAUCAGCUGGUUACUGUGUUGUUGGUUUGUUUCCCCCCACCACCACCCCGACUAAUACGAGGGAUCU